UGAGAUUGUUGUCUCUGUUAGAGAGAGAGCGAAAAUAAAAGUAAAGAAAAUAUAUAUGCGAAAGUAGUUAAGAGAUUAGUGUCGGUGGUUUUUUGAACUACUCUUAUGCUGUUUCGUGUUCCUCUCAUCUCUUCUUGGCCCACGUGUUCAUCAACCUCCCUCCGCAUGUAAUCGCUUCGCCGUCAAUAUCACAUCUUCUCUAAAUUUUCCUGCUAGUAUUUAACAAGUCUCUAGAUCGGAAAGGAAGUUGAUUCUUUCGUUGUUUCUUGGAAUCUCCGGCGAAGACCCAUAUGGAGACAGCGAUGGAAGUGGCGGCGGCUGUUCCUACUUCGACGGUUGCGGCGGCGGCGGCGGCGAGGAAGAGGGAGAAACCGUAUAAAGGGAUAAGGAUGAGGAAGUGGGGGAAGUGGGUGGCGGAGAUUAGAGAGCCUAACAAACGGUCUAGGAUCUGGCUUGGCUCCUACUCAACUCCCGAGGCGGCGGCGAGAGCUUACGACACGGCGGUGUUCUAUCUCCGAGGGCCGUCUGCUCGGCUUAACUUCCCGGAGCUUUUAGCCGGCGUUACGGUAGCGGGAGGAAACGGUGGUGGGGAUAUGUCGGCGGCUUACAUAAGGAGAAAAGCGGCGGAGGUUGGAGCGCAAGUGGAUGCGUUAGAAGCGGCGGGAGGCAAUCGUCAUCACCAUCAUCAACAGUAUCAACGUGGUAAUCAUGAUUACGUGGAUGAUGAUCAUAGUGUUAAUCAUAGUAAUUAUCGUCUUAACGAUGGUCAGCAUGAGUGUAGUAGUAAGGAUAAGAGGUGUAACGGGUCAUGGGAAGCAGUCGAUUUGAACAAACUACCCGACCCGGAAACUUCAGAUGACGAUUAGGAAAGGAAUCCACCCAAAAAACACAAAACGUUGUAGAAGUAAGAUUUUUAGAGAAUGUUUUGUCUUUACGAUGCGCGGAGGUUGCUAACAUGCACCUCUUUACCGAGUCUGUGAUUACUGAUUUUACUACUACUAGUGUAAUGUUAGUAUGAUGUUAUGUACAGUGCAAUAUUUAAAAUUCGGAUGGCAACACGUCGGUGAGUGAGUACCAGCAGAAGGAGCAGGAUGCUUAAGGAAACAUAAGUGAGUGUUUCGAGUCAAGUGAUGGAGCAGCAGGGACACAGAGUGUCCUACAGAGCAAAUAUGAUUAGAAAGAUUUCCGAUUGUGGAGACAACACUACCUGUAGACGGAAGAUUUGAACACAUUGUACUUUCUUGUAACGAACAUCAGACCACACCAUCAUUUGGAUCGAACGAGAAGCUCAACGAGCUCUCAACCUUUGCAUCUGCAGCUAAUGUUGGAGAAAGAGAAGAGAUACCAGAGAAGCAUAGGAUGGAGAGACGAGAAUCAGUAGCAAAAGUCCCAGCAAUAAUGUGCACAUUUGCUAUUGUCUCUUAACAAUGUUUUUUACUCUAAAAAUAAUAAUA